CACGUGAGGGAGGCGGCAGCUCGGGGACUCUCACCGCGCUCCCUGCCGGGGGAGGGAACACCAGGCGCCGCCGCCGCCGCCAACGCCCCGUCGCUCCCGAGCUCUGAGCGCGGAGUCCCGGCGCUGCCCGGCCGGAAGACAAUGCCCACCAGUUUCACGGUAGUGCCGGUGGAGGGGCAGGAGCCGCAGCCCAGCCGGCCACUGGAGGACCCGAACCAGCAGCUGGCGGAGUGCAGUUCCGGGGAGCCGGGAGAUGGGAUUCCGAAGGAAAGUAGCCCAUUUAUUAACAGUGCCGAGAUGGACAGAGGAAAUAUCUAUGAAGGGAAAAAUAUGGCUCUCUUUGAGGAAGAAAUGGAUAGCAACCCCAUGGUAUCAUCUCUUCUUAAUAAGCUAGCAAAUUAUACCAAUCUGACUCAGGGAGUGGUAGAACAUGAAGCAGAUGAAGACAGCAAACGAAAAGAAAUCAAGGCUCCACGUAUGGGUACUUUUAUUGGUGUAUACCUUCCCUGCUUGCAAAACAUUUUAGGAGUCAUUCUUUUCCUACGUUUGACAUGGAUCGUUGGAACAUCGGGAGUUCUUGAAUCUUUCAUCAUUGUGUUCAUGUGCUGUGCUUGUACUAUGUUGACUGCAAUUUCAAUGAGCGCAAUAGCAACAAAUGGCGUAGUUCCAGCUGGUGGCUCUUACUAUAUGAUUUCAAGAUCUUUAGGGCCAGAGUUUGGUGGAGCAGUGGGACUCUGUUUUUACUUGGGUACAACUUUUGCAGGAGCUAUGUAUAUUCUUGGUACCAUUGAAAUUUUGUUGACAUAUAUUUCUCCCAGUGCUGCUAUAUUUAAAGCAGAAGAUGCUGAUGGAGAAACAGAAGCCAUGUUAAACAACAUGAGAGUUUACGGGACGUGUAUUGUUGCUCUGAUGGCCAUAGUUGUUUUUGUAGGAGUUAAAUAUGUCAACAAACUUGCACUGGUCUUCCUAUCUUGUGUGAUUCUUUCCAUCUUUGCCAUUUAUGCUGGCGUUAUUAAAACUGCUUUUGACCCACCAGACUUUCCUAUUUGUCUUCUUGGAAACCGUACAUUGUCAAGACGCAACUUUGAUAUUUGUGCCAAAUUUAUUGAGGUAAACAAUGAAACAGUGACAACGAAGCUGUGGAGUCUCUUCUGUGAUAGUCGGUCACUCAAUGCCACAUGUGAUGAAUACUUUAACCUAAAUAACGUGACAGAAAUUCAAGGGAUUCCUGGAAUUGCUAGUGGAGUUCUAAUUGAUAACCUGUGGAGUGCCUAUACAGAAAAAGGAUCAAUUAUUGAAAAAAAAGGUCACCCAUCAGUUACUGGAACAGAAGAGAUAAAAGUUGGAGGACUCCCAUAUGUUUUUACAGACAUUAUGACCUACUUCACAAUGCUAGUAGGGAUUUAUUUCCCGUCUGUGACAGGUAUUAUGGCAGGGUCAAACAGAUCUGGAGAUCUUAGGGAUGCUCAGAAAUCUAUUCCUACUGGAACAAUUUUGGCUAUUUCAACUACAUCCUUUAUCUAUCUAUCCUGCAUUGUAUUGUUUGGUGCAUGUAUAGAAGGUGUGAUAUUAAGAGAUAAGUUUGGAGAAGCAGUUAAUGGAAACCUAGUGAUUGGUACAUUGGCAUGGCCUUCUCCAUGGGUAAUUGUAAUUGGUUCAUUCUUCUCUACAUGUGGUGCUGGUCUACAGAGUCUUACUGGUGCACCCCGGCUGUUGCAGGCUAUUGCAAGAGAUGGCAUAAUACCAUUUCUUCAAGUAUUUGGUCAUGGAAAAGCAAAUGGUGAACCAACAUGGGCAUUACUUCUCACUGCUUGUAUUUGUGAGAUAGGAAUUCUCAUAGCUUCGCUGGAUAGCGUAGCACCAAUUCUUUCAAUGUUUUUCCUAAUGUGCUAUAUGUUUGUGAACUUGGCCUGUGCAGUGCAGACUCUUUUAUGCACUCCAAACUGGAGACCUCGUUUCAAGUACUACCACUGGGCUCUUUCAUUCCUGGGGAUGAGUUUAUGUUUUGCCUUGAUGUUCAUUUGCUCUUGGUACUAUGCUUUGAUUGCCAUGCUAAUUGCAGGAUGUAUUUACAAGUACAUAGAAUAUAGAGGAGCCGAAAAAGAGUGGGGUGACGGAAUCAGGGGGUUAUCUUUGAAUGCAGCUCGCUAUGCUUUACUUCGGGUUGAACAUGGUCCUCCUCACACGAAAAACUGGAGACCUCAAGUCUUGGUUUUGUUGAAUUUGGACUCGGAACAGGUGGUUAAACACCCUAGAUUGCUUUCUUUCACCUCUCAGUUGAAGGCUGGUAAAGGAUUGACUAUUGUGGGCUCUGUACUACAGGGAAUCUACUUGGACAAAUACAUAGAAGCUCAAAAAGCUGAAGAGAAUAUUAAAUCCUUAAUGGGAGUAGAAAAGACCAAAGGAUUUUGCCAAAUCGUGGUAUCUCCCAGUUUUAGAGAUGGAAUGUCCCAUUUGAUUCAGUCUGCUGGUCUGGGAGGGAUGACACAUAAUACAGUCCUGAUGGCCUGGCCACAGUCAUGGAAACAGACCGAUAAUCCUUUCUCAUGGAAAAAUUUUGUUGAUACAGUCCGAGAAACAACAGCGGCACAACAAGCUCUACUGGUCGCUAAAAACAUUGAUUUGUUUCCAACAAAUCAAGAGCGCUUUUCUGAAGGGAACGUAGAUGUGUGGUGGAUUGUUCAUGAUGGUGGCAUGCUGAUGUUGCUUCCUUUCCUGCUUCGACAGCACAAGGUGUGGAGAAAAUGCAAAAUGCGUAUCUUCACUGUUGCCCAAAUGGAUGACAACAGUAUUCAAAUGAAAAAGGACCUUCAGAUGUUUUUGUAUCAUCUUCGACUUAAUGCUGAAGUAGAGGUUGUUGAAAUGUUUGAAAAUGAUAUUUCAGCAUUCACAUAUGAGAAGACUCUUAUGAUGGAGCAGAGAUCUCAGAUGUUAAAACAGAUGCAGCUGUCUAAGAAUGAAAGGGAAAGAGAGAUUCAGAGCAUCACUGAUGAGUCUCGAGGCUCAGUCAGAAGAAAAAGCUACUCUAGUCCACAGUCCAUUGGUCAAGAUAUACAGGCUCUGCUGCCUAAUGACAAUCCAGAAGAAGAGGCUCAGUUAAUCCAUGAUAGAAACACUGCAUCCCAUUCAGCAGCUGUUGUUAAGUGUGAUGCUGCUGCUGCUACACCUGAAAAAGUGCAAAUGACCUGGACUAAAGAAAAGUUUAUAGCUGAAAAGCACAAAAAUAGAGAAACAAAUAUAACAGGUUUUAAAGAUAUCUUCAACAUGAAGCCAGAAUGGGGAAAUCUGAAUCAGUCAAAUGUGAGAAGAAUGCACACUGCUGUGAAGCUCAAUGGAGUAAUAUUAAAUAAGUCACAACAUGCUCAGCUAGUUUUAUUGAAUAUGCCUGGACCUCCUAAAAACAAAAAAGGGGAUGAAAACUACAUGGAGUUUUUGGAAGUUUUGACAGAAGGUCUGAACAGAGUUCUCUUAGUGCGAGGUGGUGGACGUGAAGUGAUCACUAUUUACUCCUAAUGCUGUUACAGAUUAACUGCAGUAAUUUGAACAGUUAAAAUGAAAUUACCUGUGUACUUGAAAUGAUGUACCAGCUGAAUCUUCUGAUCAGGUGUACUGCUUUCUUUCAAAGGAAUCUAUCUGAAAUUAUUUCCUACAUAGAUUUAUCUUUAUAGAAGAAAUUUAUAUAUUGUAGUAUUAAAUAAAUGUGGGGAUCAGGAGGGUAUUUUUUUAAGCAAUCUUGGUGUGAGACCCAAGAAGGGAAAGGUAAUUUUUAUGGCAGAUGAAGUAACUAAUGUUUUAAAUGUGCACAAACAGAGAAAAACAGACAUCUGCAUUUUUAGUAACAUUAAUUGUAUUAUUUUGCUUCUACAAAAGAAUAAUUUAAUGAUGUUAAAACCUCCCAAGUUUAUCAACAAAACAUGAAAUAUUUCAGACAAGAAACCCUGGUCUUAUUAUUUUGUCCUCUUGAUAGAUGCUGCUGUGGUGCAUCUGUGACUGUUGUGAUCACAGUUUCAUCUUAGGUCUCUUGGUUCAUAUUGAUUCAGGAAUAUGUACAAACAUUUGACAUAUUUAAUUAUUUGACAUAAAAGGAAUUUGAAGGAUUUACCUGAUUUCAAAAUUGGUUAAAUAAAAAUUCACAAUUCAGCCAUUACUAACUACUAUAAUUCUUUUAAAUUACCUUUUUUGUAUUUUUAUCUAAACUUUACUUUGCUGACUUUACUAAGUUAUAAAAAAUAUCUGUGACCCCCUUUGCACUGCUGCUGUGUAAGGAUAAUCUCCAAUUGGAGGUGAAGGUAUUCUACUUACCCUUUCACACACAGUUCCUUUCAUGCUUGUAGCCCACUGCAUUCCAGUGAUCCCAGAGUAGCCACCUUGGGGGCUAUUGCAUUUUGGAGCAGUCUGAGAACUGCAACCAGAACUCGAGAAUUUUAACCAUCUCCUGCUUAGAUAAUGGACAUAGCAAGUGAUGGGGAAGAGAAUAGGGAAAGUAGGGCAUUUAUAUAUCCUAUGUCUGUGAUUCUGCCUUGUGAUGGGUGAUGAAUUUUCAACACACGGCAUGCAAUAGUCAAAUUCAAAUGAUAAAACUGAAGUGUGGGAAAUAAGGAGGUUCACUUUGACUAGUUAAGUGUAGUGUUCUGCUUUAAAUUAAAUGCAGGAACAGUCGCCCUAUUUCUUUUUAUUAUUUUUAUUUCUUGAAAGGAAAUCUGAUUUUCUGAAAACCCAGGUUUUUUAUAAAAUACAUAAAUGAAGAAUUUCUUUGUCAACUGAAUUGGGGGUAAACUAUUAACUUUGUAGAUAUUUGUUUUAUAUAGUAUUUUUCAACUUUGUGUUAAUAAUACACCUCUGUGCAUUAUGACUGGCCAUAAAAUUAAGUUUAUAAAUUACAUCUUAAAACUAUUUGUAACUGCCUAGUGUUUGUUGAUACUGAAAAUAUCUGGCCACAAAUAUUGCAAUAGUACCUAGGGACUAUACUAGUUUAAGGGAUCUGGCAUAAUUAAACUAAAGACAAAGUGCAAUGUGUAAAAUAAAAUAUGUUAUUCUGUGUGGGGAACAUAAUUUCAUGUUUUAAAUGAUAGAUCUGCCAAUAUAUUUUCAGUAAGCAUUUCAGGUAAGUCAUUUUUUCUACAAAUUUCAUUGAUGAAGUAUAUAUUCAGUCAUAGAUAAAAAUGGCUUAUCUAUUAAAGAAAUAUUCUACUUGUCAACUCAUUUUACAUUUUGUUUUCUUUGUACAACAGUAUCUACUGUUUAUAGUCUCUAUAAAGAAAUAUUUUUACACACACUUAUAGCAACCUUAGAAGUAAAUGCUGUAUGUUCCAGGCCCUGUUUUGAAAGAUUUCUUCAAUAGUUUUGCUGCAGUAUAUCUAAACAUGCACAUUUUUUGGUUUGUGCUUUCUUUUCAGUUCUCUGGUUUAGAACUUUAGAGUAUGUGGUAGAGUAGUUAGGCGUACCAAAGCUCAUUCAAUAUUGUAACUGGAACACACAUCCUAGAUUCCUUGUAAUAAUAAUUUGGCUAUCAUAGCUCAUAAAAAAUAUUUUUUGCAAAAAUAUGAAGUGAUGUAACACUUUUUCAGAAUGAAUCUGAAUGUAUUCGUAAACAAGAAACAAUACCAUUCAAUACAUUGGACAGACUUAAUUCCAAAAAUAAUUAAACAGCUAAAGAAAUUAUGUUUGCUAAACUGUGUGAUGAAAGAUUGUGUUGAUGUAAUAUUCAUUAUGAAUAUGUACCUAAAAGAAUCUAGAAAAUAUCUAGUCUGAAAUAGCAGAAAGAAAUCCAUCAUCUCUUUGAUGCAAUACCAUAAGCUACUCUAGCCAUUAAUAAGAAUUAGGGGUACACAUCAAAGUGCAGCAUUUUUCAGUGUAUGCAAAUAUGGCUUUUAACUUAGUAAGUAUUUUUUUUAAAUAGGAAAGUCACAAUCCUUGAAACUAAUAGUUAUGAAAAUUAAGAAGAUGAAUCAUGGCUACAAGUACAUUUUGGUAUUACAGCAUAAGUACCUGCCAGAUAACCCUGAGGUUAUUUUUUGUUUAUACUAAAAUAUUUGCAAGAUCAUUAUCUUAUCUCUAUACGAAAUACUUUUGUAAAUGUUUAGAAAUGACAAUGUUUCCCUUUGUUUGUGUAGAUGUUCAUGAAUAAAUAAAACUGUCUGAAACCA